AUGUAUAACACCAAAGGCAGGAACCUGUUCCAGAAGCAGAACGCCAAUUUGUUGUUGAACAUCAAUUUGUUGACUAACAACUCGCUGAAAAAGGAUCCGCGCGUACCCAGCUGCAUAUGUGCUUCUUGUGCAGAAUCUCUGAAUCGCGCAGUCAUAUUCCGAGCACGCGCCCUCGAGACUCAGAAGGAAUUGCUGCAACAACGCGCGGGACUGCCGGAAAACGAUCUGCCAACAGACGACAAAACUCCUGGCGAAACAUCCAAUUCAGAGGUGAAAGCGCAGGAUGCCGACUCCCUGAUUAGUAGUCUGGAAAAUGAGCUAGGCGGUAAAACUGGUUUCGACGGAACUGACGCCUAUGAGACGGCGCAGGUUGCUGAUUCGCUGAUUACGAGUCUGCAAAAGGACUCGGGACACGAAAAGAAGAAGAGCAGUCUUACCGAAAAUAUUAUCAAGGCUCCAAAACAAUUGGCCGAGCGCUCCACCUUCAGAUCCCCCCGAUCCACUCGUCUAACCUCCAAAAAUGCCGCUCAAUCUGACAAACGCCAUCUUUUGCCCAAGAAAAUCCUCAAGCGACGAAGCUGCACAAUGAAUAAGCUCAAAUGCAAAUUUUGCGAGCAAACCUUUGUAAGCCCCUUUGGGCUCAGUUGCCACAUGCGAUCGCACACGGCGGAGACAUCAUGCAAGUGUUCAUACUGUGACCGAGCGUUUUCAACUAAGGGAAACACCAUCCGUCAUGAGAGAACCCAUACAAGGCAGGCGGCGUUUGUCUGCCCAACUUGUGACAUGUCUUUCACCCUUGCUACUGUGCUGAAGAGACAUAUUAGUCUUUACCACACUCAAAUGAGCAUGUAAU